AUGGUCAAAAUGCUCUGGACAGCAGCAUUGUUCUUGCUCCCUUUUACGGUUGACGCCGGAGGCAAGCUCCAGGCCAGAGCUGUCGAUGUCUCGACCCCUACGCUACCGGAUCGGAAGCCCUUUGGCUUUGCCUCCCUGGUGACUGGCGGUGGUGCUUCAACUGAUAACAACACGUACGUUGUUGAAAACAUGAUGGACUUCCGCACCGCCUUGAAAUUGACUACACCGCGAACCAUCUACGUCAAAGGCGAACUCAAGGGCAGCCAAAUCAACGAGACCACCAAUGGCAACUGCCAGUUCUACAUCGACUCGAGCCGGGUGCCCGAGUACAACUUCACUCUGUAUAUCAUGGCCAUGAACGAGACAUACACAGAUGCGGUCAAAGCUGCUGAGGCUGCGGGCGAAGAGUUUGAGGGCAGGAACGCGACGGAGUAUCUCAACCUGCUGAACAGGCAGAAUGGUUGGAGGGGUCAAGCACAAAAUGUACAGAAAAGCUGGGAGUCAAUAGAUGCACAGGGCGAUGUGACACUGAUAGGUUGGGACUCGGAUGCCUAUCUCAACGGCGUGAGCCUCAACUUCAACGACCAGUCCAACAUCAUCAUCCGAAAUCUCCGCAUCUCACCACCUCAGGACUGCUUCCCGGCCCCAGAGACCUACCCGUCGAGUUGGAACGCUCGGUACGAUGCCAUAUCUUUCGUGACCACCACCAACGCUUGGCUGGAUGGCAACAUCCUGGAAGAUGGACCGGAGCCUGUUGCUCCUGAGCCGUUUGUCUGGGGCUGGCAGGUCGACCGCUUUGACGGGCUGUUCGACGUUGAAGAUGGCUCGGAUAACAUCACAUUCAGCCACAACAUAAUCGCAAACCACCACAAGAGCCUCCUUUGGGGCGGUGGUGAGAAGGAGGGUUCUCGGGAUAUUGGGAAGAUGAAAUUCACCGUCUUUGGUAAUCACUUUGUCAACUCGAUGAGCCGGAAUCCCUUGGUCCGAUUCGGCACUGUGUACAUUGCCAACAACGUUUUCUCGAACUACAACAACAAGGCGCCUCUCUAUAACAACACAGCAACCCAGAAGCGCGCCGCCUAUACCCCUGAUUUCCAGUACAACGUCGGCCUCUACAACAUGUCAUCGGUGCUGAUGUCAGGCAACUACUUCGACCAGACGGGGCAGUUCCCAGACGACGAGUCAAAAAUCUUCACCUUCAGCGAUCUCGCAACACCUGAGAGCCCCGCAACUCUCUGCUCCCCGCCAGACCUCUCCGCCGAGGAGAUCGCCGCCUAUCCCGGGCUGAAAAGCCUGGCAGGCCCUGCCAGCCAGCUUAAUGGCAAGGAUGUCAACCUGACAGAGAACGUCGCUGAGAAGUUCACCUACUACCUGAGCACCAAGACCGACUCCGUAGAGGGUGGGCUGGUCCAGAGCUGCGCCAAGUUUAGCGAGCAGGCUAUGCCUCGCUCGUUUGACUCGGGCGCGGACGUCUUUGCCUACGUGAAAGAGAAUGCUGGACAGCUUGGAAGGAAUACGCCGUAA